UUUUCUAGGAUGUGACAGUGUAAGUCCUAGCAAUGUGAAGAUAAUACCUCCGUGUUAUGUGCUGAAAAUGCUAAUGUUUAGCACAGAAACUUUCUUUGAAUGAGCUUUAGUUUUUGCAGAGGGACUUUUGGAAAACAUUGUCACAGUAAUAGAAUCAAAUACAUUUCACCUUGAGGAAACUGGAAUGUCUCAGACUUGAAGAGGGAUGUCCACACCACUGUAGAAUACAAAAGUAUGUCCCAGUUUCACAGUGCCAGACAGUUAGAUACCAGGUCCUUGGUGUAAACGCAGUGAUAAGAAACGAGAGGACAAUCUGCGCAACCAUGAGAAAGGCUGAGGGCCAGCAGACACUCAAGGAAGGGGCUCGUGUAGUGGACCCAGGGAGUCCCAGAAUACCAUCGAAGCGCGCCAAAGUGAACCCGGACCAGGUAGUACCAGAAGUGGAGGAUUCCGUGUACCCCAGCCCGACUGCGCCUUCGUUCAUCCGAAAGAUGAGGAACGCUGCCGUGGCGACUGGGUGUGACAUCCGCUUGAGGGUGGCGGUGACGGGGGACCCACAGCCUGUCCUGCACUGGUACAGGAACGAUGUCCUGUUGGAGUCGGACAGCCAGGAGUACGGGGGUCUGUGGAUCAGGGACUGCAAGCCCAGUGACGCCGGCCUGUACACCUGCAUCGCAAGCAACCACCUGGGAGAGGUGCGCAGCAGCGCUGUGCUUGCUGUGCUGGACCUGGGAGAAGACUCAGAGAACACAGAGGAUGAGGCGUCAGAGCCCAAGGCACCAGCAGAACCCAGAGAGGGACCCGGGGGUCCUGAGGACAAAGCUACCCACCGACUGCCUGCAGGUGAUGCUGACAAGACGAUGGAAGUCACUCCAGACACAAGCAAUCGCAGAAGCCCUUGGACAGACAACCAGAAUACAGCAGUAAAGGAAGCGCUGGCCAUGGAUUCGAAAGCACUUGAGCAACCGCACCCCUCCAAGCCAGUAAGGACCCAGUCUGAUGAUGUUUUGAGGGACACUCCGCCCCAAGUCUUCCGGCCACCGUCUCCAAAAACUGACCAGUGUUCUCCCAUGUCAAGUCACUCUGAGUCAUCCCCGGCCAGACCCCUGUCCACCCGCAAGAAGGUUGUUACCCCAGAGGACUACAAAGAAACAGUUCCAGGAGAGAUUGAUGAGAAGAUCCAAAAGUCCUCAGGAAUGUCUCAGAGCAGCUCACAGGACUCCCUAUCUCAGACCCUCAUCAGCGGGAAAGACUUGACAUCCUGCCCAUCAUCUAUACUUACUCAAGACAGCCCCAAGAUCUUUGACAAGAUGCAAGUUUUUGAGGGGCACGUGAAGAGACAGGACUAUCCACAGGGAUCGGUCUCAGGCCGCUCCUGGGCUGGUUUUAAUCGGGCCGCGUCCUUUGACGCAGGCGAUGGGGGGAGCCAGGUAGGCAUCUCGAGAGAGAGCUCCCAGGAGGAUCUGCGAGAUGUGAAAAUGGACGCAGCCCAGAGGAGGUCCAUGUUCAAGCAGAGAGCAGUCUCCUUAGAAGAACGGACCCGCUACUCCCAAAAGGUGCAGGACAUUGAAAACAAGUUUGCGGAGGAGCUCCAGCGAAUCAAGAAGCUAGUGGGGAGACCCCAUCUGGCGAGGUCCUUCUCCACAGAUCAACUCUCUCCGAGGAGCCGACAGCCCCUCAGAAAGCUGGAGCCCAUUCCCCCUGAGGUCCUCCAGAAACUGCAGGACAGGGAGCGAAUGCAACAACAACAGGAGCAGCGGCAGAGAAGGCUUUUGCAAAAAUCCUCUCAAUCUUCACCACAAUCAGCAAACAAACAGCCUACAGAGAAUACACAAAAAGAACAGCCUCAACAGGCACCAUCUCUACCUCAACAGCUCAAACCCAAGAGACUAGCACUGAGCAGCUCAGCAGUGAGUCCGUUCGAUGAGAACACUCAUACACCGGAGGCUAUGUCGGUCUCUGAGUUACCUGGGCAACCAACACAGAUGCCAGGAAGCAACCCACCCAGGGAUACACUUCUAGGUUCUUCACUAACAGACACAAAAGAGUGGCAAUCUACUUCUCACUUUCCAAAAGAGGAUUCAUCACCUAGGGUGGUUGAACGGCCAUUACGCAGGGUAGAGCAGAGGCCUGCAAGCCCCCGCGUGCAGAGAGACUCCACUCAUUUUCAAGAAAUCCCCUCUCUCCAGCAGCCCCAAGUCCACAUGUCAACAAGGGAAGACCUUCUACACAGGAAGGUUGAGCUGCCAUUGCGUAAGGUAGCACAGAGGCCUCCAAGCCCACUUGUACAGAGAAAAGAACACAGAGGCCAAACACCACCAAAGUCCCUGAGCCCUGUCGGCCAUUUUCCAGAGGAGGAGAGUAUGGAGGUUGAGAUGACCUCUGUGUCCCCAGGUCCUAAGCCCGCCAUACCCAGGAUCAUUGUGGAAGAAGAACCUAUGGAAGAGGAGGCCGCAGCAGAGGCUGACAGGUUAAAGGUAGCUAAUGUUACCAAGGAGGGAAAGACACAAAGGACAAGGACUAAGGGCACUCGCACUCGGCCCAUGUCCCCUGAGCUAGACUCCUCAGAUGACUCGUACGUGUCUGCAGGAGAAGAUCCCCUCGAAGCCCCCGUGUUCGAGUUUCCCCUGCAGGAUACUGUAGCGUCUGCGGGUUCAGAAGUGAUGCUGAAAUGCAUCAUUGCUGGUACCCCUCUCCCAGAAGUGACCUGGAAGAGGGGUGAGGAGACGAUAAAGAGCAGCUCUACUCACGUGGUGAAGGUGGAAGGAGAGAGGCACUCCCUGCUGGUCAAACAGGCGAAGCUGAGCGACGCUGGGACCUAUUGCGUCACGGCUGUCAAUGAAGUGGGCAAGGCCUCCUGCAGCGCCACCCUCUUCAUCAAAUCAGAGCCCACCCAGGACCAGAGAGGUGCCCUCAGUGUGCCUAUGGACCUCAGCAGUCCCAUCACGUCCGAUGAGGAGUACCUCAGCCCUUUGGAGGAGGGCAUGGACUUUGGGGGGGUGCCCUAUCAGGGGCCUGAACCCCGGAAGAUUGUGGAUGCACGGUUCAGGGAGCCCCCUUCCUUCCAGCAAACCUUGAGCGAUCAGGUGGUCGUUGAGGGGCAGGAUGUCACCAUGUCUGUCCGAAUGCGAGGUCAGCCCAAACCCAUGAUUUACUGGUUAAGGGACAGGACGACAGUAAAAUCUGGUGACCGACAUGUUGUGCGUGAAACAGACGAUGGGACCUUUGAGAUGAAAAUCAGAUCAGCAGAGAAAUCAGAUGCCGGAGUGUACAUCUGCAGGAUCAUCAAUGAAUACGGGACAAAGCAGUGUGAAUGCAGAUUGGAGGUCAAAGUGCCCCCCGUGGAGUCUGUCCUAGCCAUCACCCGACAGCUGAAGGCUGUGACGGUGAGGGCGGGCGAGACAGCCCUCUUCGAGUGCCAGAUCACCAGUCCCCAGGACGUGGAUGUGGACUGGCUGUCCAACGGGAAGCUGAUCCAGCCAGCGCUGCUGAACUGCAAGAUGCACUUCGAUGGCAGAAGGUGCCGGCUGCUGCUGGAUUCAGUGCACGAGGACGACAGCGCCACUUACACCUGCAAGCUGAGCACCGCCAAAGAGGAGCUGACCACCAGCGCCAACCUCAAAGUCAUUCCCUCUAUCGAGCCGCUUUUCACUCGGAGACUGGACACCUUGGAAGUAGUAGAGGGUCGCACUGCGCGUUUUCACUGCAAGGUCAGCGGGACACCCCCUCCGACAGUCACCUGGAGCCAUUUCGAUCACCCCUUGGCCGACAGUGAAUGCACCCGCAUUCUGAAGGAGGGCGGACAUCACUCUCUGGUCAUAACACACGUCACCAGCGAGAACGAGGGCUUCUACACUGUCAUCGCCCGCAAUGUACACGGGGAGACCGAGUGUUCGGCCGAGCUCUAUGUGCAAGAGCCCCGGUCUGCCAUUGCUUCUCAGAUGUCAAAGCUGGAGAAAAUGCCCUCGAUCCCAGAGGAGCCUGAGGUUGCAGAGAGCGAUGGGGAGCGCUUCACCAUGCCAGACUUUGUCAGGCCGCUGUACGAUCUGGAUGUAACCGAAGGGAAGGAAGCGGUACUGAAGUGUAAGGUGGCAGGCCUGCCAUACCCAACCAUCACCUGGUUCCACAAUGGCCAGAAAAUCGACAGCUCGGAUGAGAGGAAGAUGAUGCAAUACAGGGACAUCCACAGCCUGGUUAUCCGCUCAGUGUGCCACGCCCAUGGGGGUGUGUACAAGAGCGUCAUCUCCAACAAAGUGGGGAAGGCUGCCUGUUACGCUCACUUGUAUGUCACAGAUGUGGUGCCUGACCCCCCUGAUGGCCCUCCUGUUGUGGAGGCAGUAACAGGAAAGCUUGUUAGUCUGAGCUGGAAGAGGCCGAAGAGGCUGGAUCCCUCUAUAGAUGCCAGCUCUCUGAUGUAUGCUGUUCAACAGCAAGUAGUGGGAUCAGCCCAAUGGACCGUCAUAGCCUCUAGCCUGAGGCAAACCUCAUACACGGCCACCUCACUCUCCAAGGGAAUGUGCUACACCUUCAGGGUCAUGUCAACCACCAAGAAAGCCUUCAGCAAACCCUCCCCACCAACGGAUCCGGUACAGCUUGUGGACAGAGGUCCCUAUCUUCAGGAAGCUCCGGUUAUCGUUGACAAGCCAGACGUUGUCUAUGUGGUGGAGAAUCAGCCCAUCAGCAUCACCAUCACGCUCAACCACGUUCAGGCCACAGUAACAUGGAACAUGGGGGGCGAGGUGCUGGUGAACAGGCCGGGGGUCUUUGAGAUGAGCAUGCCCGAUGACUCCCAGCAUGCCCUGAAGCUGGUGAGGGCGAGGAACAGUGACGUGGGCCAGCUCACCUGCACAGCCAGCAACCAGUUCGGCACCGACUCCUGUGUCCUGAGACUGGAGUCUGCAGCACCCCCUACAUUUGAAUCCAUCAUGGAGGACCUGGAUGUGAGCGUGGGGGAGACACCUCGAUUUGUGGUGGUUGUUGAAGGGAAGCCUGUUCCUGACAUCAUCUGGUACAAGAAUGACACCCGAUUAUCAGAGAGCAGCCACUUCACGUUUGUGUACGAUGACAACGAAUGCUCCCUGGUGAUCCUGAACACACGCGAGGAGGACUCAGGUGUAUACACCUGCACCGCACAAAACCUGGCAGGAUCUGUAUCCUGCAAGGCUGAGCUCACUGUCCAUACAGCCAAACAGAAAGAGGAGACCAUGGAGGAUGAGGGGUCCAUUCUGAGGAAGAUGCGCAGGCUGACAGAUUACUAUGAUGUACACAAGGAGAUUGGCAGGGGAGCUUUCUCCUAUGUGAAGAGAGUGACGCAGAAAGCCAGGAAGGUGGAGUGUGCAGCCAAGUUCAUUUCUGCAAGAGCUAAGAAGAAGGCCUCAGCCCUGAGGGAACUGAGCCUGCUAUCUCAGCUAGACCACCAGAGGGUGCUGUACUUCCAUGAUGCCUUCGAGAAGAAGAACACUGUCAUCAUCAUAACGGAGCUAUGUCACGAGGAGCUUCUGGACCGAUUUGCCAAGAAGUCCACUGUCAUGGAGGCUGAGAUAAGGUCAAGCAUGAGACAAGUGCUGGAGGGAGUGAGCUACCUUCAUCAGAACAACAUCAUUCAUCUCGAUAUAAAGCCCGAGAACCUUCUCAUGGCGGACCCCAGCAGUGAUCAGAUCCGCAUCUGUGAUUUCGGGAAUGCCGUGCAAGUCACGUCCGAUGACGCGCAGUACUGCAAAUAUGGAACCCCUGAAUUUGUUGCCCCGGAGAUCGUUAAUCAAACUCCAGUCUCCAAGGCAACGGACAUCUGGCCAAUUGGAGUAAUAACAUAUUUAUGCCUUACUGGUGUGUCUCCUUUCGCGGGGGAGAAUGACCGUACCACUGUGCUGAACAUCAGGAAUUACAACGUGGCUUUUGAAGAAAGUAUGUUUACUGACCUGUGCCGUGAAGCCAAGGGAUUCGUCAUCAAGUUGCUUGUGGCAGACAGAUUGAGGCCUGAUGCCAAUGAAUGCCUUCGUCACCCCUGGUUUAAGACUUUGACAAAAGGGAAGACCAUCAGCACAGAGGCUCUGAAACAGUUCUUAUCGCGAAGAAAGUGGCAGCGAUCACUUAUCAGCUAUAAAUCCAAGAUGGUGAUGAGGUCAAUUCCUGAGCUGCUGGAUGACUCCACCAGUCAUGUGUCCAUCGCCGUUCCCAGACACCUUAAAGAGGGCACCCCGCCACCGUCCUCAUCUUCGGAUUCAGAUGAAGACAUUGAUGAGCUGCCCUUCAUUCCUAUGCCUCUAACUAUGGAGUUUUCUGGAUCCAGAAUGUCCCUAAAUGAGAUUCCGGGGGACGAUGAGGUGGUGAGAAGGUCCAACGGGACUAGUGGGGGGGUAGGCCUCACAAGCAGCGGGGCAGAACCUAUGGAAUGUGAACCAAUCGGCGAAGGGAACGAGGGCGGAGAGGUGACCGGAAGGGGACGGACGAGGAAGAGGGCAACGCAAGAAGAGGGUAGGGGGUCUUCGGAUGAGGAAUCUGCUGAGGACGCCAAGAGGCCAGAGCAGCCGAAAAGGCCUUUGCGCAGGGGUUCUAGUAUGGAGAUGGACAAAUCAGAGGGACGUCCCAGAAGAGGAGAGCUAAGGAGAGGGGGCUCUGCUGACAGUGCCCUGCUCCUCCACAUCAAGCACGAGGAGGAUUCCCCAGAGGGAGCUAUGGGGGACACCCAAAAAAGCCUCAAAAAGGCUGUUUCAAUGGAGCUGCCUCGGAGAAGUCCCAGUCCUGGGGCUGGCAAAAUGAGCAAGGAAGACUAUGCUCUGAAACUGGAGCUCAUGAGGCAGAGGCUGCUGAGAGGGGGUUCUGUGGACAACAAGAUGGGCGGCCUGCGGGGCCCCCUGCUAGAGACUCUUGGUGUGGGUGUUGAGAGACGGAGCUCUUCACUAGAAAGGUACAUGCGUCAGCCGCGACUGGGUCCUCCUCCCCUGAUCAGGGCUGCCUCCAGUGACACACCCAGAGAUGACACCCCAAAGACUAAGAUCCUCCGCAAGAGUGCCUCCUUCAGCCAGGGGGAUACCGAGCCCAUGCCUCUUCACCGGCGCUUUGGAGCUCCUCUGGAGAUACCCCUGGCUCAGAUAGAGGAACGUCGGCUACAGGAAGCGGUAUCCAUGUCGUCUCUCACGGACCAGACUAAGCUGGACUCCCGUCCUGUCACACCCAGGGACAUCUCUUCCAAAGCACCCACUCCUACCCAGGAUGUACUGGUGCAGGAGGAAAACAAGCUGGCAGAGGACAAAGCUGACUGUGAGUUAGAAAAGGGUAAUAUUGAUGAAAGUGUGAUGGAAACUAGUUAUCAGGAGAAGGAAAUAAGCGUAUCAGAAGAAACAGAUAAGGUCCAGAGUGAGCCUCUCUCUGCGACUACUCCUGGGGUUGUUGUGGAGGAAAAUAUAGAGCAAGGGAAGAAGAGUGAGGAGGAUGGAAAACAGGAAUUAGAGCAGUUGAGGGCAGGGAAGAAAUCGUCUGAGAUUAACAUUACCACUGGCUCACCCGUGACGUCACCACCGAGUGUUGUCUCACCUUAUGUGUCACCCUCUCCACCUGCUCUCAUCACUUUACCAGAUGGAAGGACCUCUGCAUAUGCCAGCAUUAUACAGACCAUCACGGUCCCUUCUCUACAGGCAGACAGUGCCUCUGAAGCUGCUUAUGCUCCCGCUCCUGCACCCACAACCGCCCCUCCUCCUUCAGAACCCGAGCCUGCUGUCUCAACUGAGCACCCUGCGGUCUUCUCCAAAGUGGCCGAUCAACCAGCCAGGGAACCCAGUCCAGCCAAAACUCGGCCUUCUCCUCAACGAGAGCCCUCGCCUGGGAGGGACAUUAAGGACAUUACCUCUGAGGAGAUCUUUGAGGCAAAGUUUAGGAAGCGUGAAUCAUCUCUGAGUCGUAGUCUAAAGUUUCUCACCAGGCCGAAAGCAGAGAAGUCUUCACCUGUAUCUCCUGUGUUGGGUGAGGAGGUCUACCGCCCAGGACCUGUCGGUGCCCCUCUGGAGUUUGUGAAGUCUGACUUGCCCAGGAGGCUGGAAGAAAAGUACAGGUCUGUCCAGGACCUAAGGGAUGUGGAGAAGGACGUCGGCUUUAUGAAGAGACUUUCUCUGCGUUUGAAGAGGGGUCCAACAGCUGAGAAGAAAGAGGAGGCCACUCAACCCACCGCUCCCAGACGUAGGCUUUCCUGGUCGAUGAGCCGCAGUAAGUCCAUGGACAAGAAGGAGGUGGAGAUGGUACGGCUGGAUGAGGGAGCAGAGCCUAUGCAGGAACAGGAAGCCAGGGGUCCCGAAACGGCCAACGAGUCGCCACUUCUGUCAAUGCGCAAGAAGAUCGAGUCCAAGGUGGCGGGAAUCUCGAUGAGAAUGCGCAGUCAGUCAGAGGAGAGGAAGGAAGAGGAGAAGGAGGUCAAAUCGGAGAACAGGAGGACACCUUUACUCUCCCUCUUACGUCGGUCCAGCUCUGAGGGGGUAAACCUGAAGAAGAUGGGCAUUCCACAGAACCAGCUGGCAUCACAGUCAGGCUCUGCCGUGUCCACAGAGUCUCUAGAGUCCACGUCCAGCAUCCAGUCUGAGUCAGCUAUCAAAGACUCAGAGCGCGAACGCAGGUCAAGGUGGGACCGCUGGGGCCUGACCAGGAGCAGGAAAGACAAGACGGUCUCCCAGCCUGACAUUCCGUCGGCCAUCACCAGAGAGAAUGGCUCGCUUCGACCCCGCCAGUACACGCGUCUGGCCUCCGACUUCCCCCCUGUGUUCCACAUUAAGCUGCGGGACCAUAUCCUUCUGGAGGGGGAUCCCAUCACUAUGAGCUGUCUCCCAGCUGGAAGCCCACACCCACACAUCAGCUGGAUGAAAGACAAGAAGCCGCUUGAAAUAGACCCCAGGAUGAACCUGAUUUCUUGCCCUGACGGGCGGCAGCUCCUUAUGAUCAUGAACACCUCCAAGAAGGAUGAGGGGUUUUACGAGUGUGUGGCUGUCAACCCCCUAGCUACUGCCGUCAGCUCCUGCACCCUGUCUCUGGCCCGUGUCCCCAAAUGUCCUCAGACCCCAGAAGUUCUGCAGAAGACAAAGGAUACAGCCAUGGUCCUGUGGAAACCCUCCGAAACCCGGGGUCCCUGCACCUACACUGUGGAGAGGAGAAAAGAGGGUGAUGAAAACUGGCUCAUUGUAGCCACAGGUGUGGCUGACUGUUACUGCAACAUCGCAGACCUGCCAACAGGGGGCACCUAUAGGUUCCGGGUGGCUUGUGUCAACAAAGCUGGCCAGGGGCCCUACAGCAGCUGUUCAGAGAAAGUGUGCCUGGACCCUACAGUGACUUCCAAAACGCCAGCCACAAUCAUCGUCCAGACGCUUCCCCCGCCCGAUAAAACAGUAACCACGGCUUCUGUCCCACCAUCAUCUUCUGUUCCAGCACAGACCCCUCCCCCCUCCCCAGUCAAAGCAACUGAACCUUCUCCAUCUCCACCUGAGCCUACUCCUUCUCCAACCAAAACUCCUCCCCCUACCCAAACGCCUUCGCCUACCCCUACCCACGAGGCUUCACCUCAUCAAGCUGUCACACAGGCACGGACGCCCUCUCCAGCUACCCCAACAAAAACUACUGUCACCGCACCUUCUCCUGCCACUUCUCCCUCUCAGGUUCCACCCACCGUUAAGCCUGUUCCGCCCCUUGUACUGCCCAAACCACAAAGUCCCAUCAAUAUCGUUCCACCCCUGUCCCAAACUCCUCCUGUCUCCCCACCUCCACUCGUUUCCCCUCCCCCCACCAUCGGCAAGCCCAUCUCCUCCGUACCCCUGUACGUCCCCGUCACCACGGGGACCGUCGCACCUGCCUCCUCUCUUUCUCCCCCUGUGGUGAUGGUGACUAGUCUGAGUCCCGUCGGAGAGGGCGGCAGCACGCCCUCACGGCUGACCCCAACCGGGCGUACCACGCCGACUGGUCGCAAGACUCCAUUGGGCAAGUCUGACAAGACAGCGCUGCGACAGGGCGUGCCUCAGAAGCCAUACACUUUCAUGGAUGAGAAAGCCAGGGGCCGAUACGGCGUGAUCAGGGAGUGCAGAGAGAAUGCCACAGGCAAUCUCUAUAUGGCUAAGAUUGUGCCCUACGAGCCGCCAAGCAAGCAGGAAGUGCUGCAGGAGUACGACAUUCUUAAGUCCCUCCACCAUGAGAGGAUCAUGGUGCUGCAUGAGGCUUACGUCACCCCCCGCUACCUGGUCCUCAUCUCAGAGCGCUGUGCAGGCAAGGAGCUGCUCUACAGCCUCAUCGACAGAUUCCGCUACUCUGAGGAUGAUGUGGUGAGCUACAUUGUGCAGAUACUGCAGGGCCUAGACUACCUGCACAGCCGCAAGAUUUUGCACCUGGACAUCAAGCCAGACAACAUCAUUGUCUCCAGCACGAACACUGUCAAGAUCAUAGACUUCGGCAGCGCGCAAACCUGCAACCCACUCUUCCCCAAGCAGUUCAGUCGACGCCUGGGAACGCUGGAGUACAUGUCUCCUGAGAUGGUGAAAGGGGAUGUUGUAGGUCCUCCUGCGGACAUUUGGGGUGUGGGUGUCCUGACCUACAUCAUGCUCAGUGGAACUCUGCCAUUCCUGGACACUGACCCAUUGGAGACGGAGGCCAAAAUCCAGGCAGCGAAAUAUGACCCCAACAAGCUCUACCCCAAUGUGUCCCAAAGUGCCUCUCUGUUCCUCAAGAAGAUCCUGUGCAGCUACCCGUGGGCUCGUCCGACCAUCAAGGACUGCUUCACCAAUGCCUGGCUGCAGGACGCCUACCUGAUGAGGCUGCGAAGGCAGACCCUUACCUUCACCACAACGCGGCUGAAGGAGUUCAUAGUCGAUCACCAGCGCCGCAGGUCCGAGAUGGCCACCAAACACAAGGUCCUCCUGCGGUCCUACCAGAACUCACCCACCACACCUACAACACCAACUACGCCCACAACGCCCACCACGCCUGUCACUCAGUGACUGUGGUCAUGGCAGCACUAGGGGAGGCAACGAGGGAAGAGCAUUCCGGGGUCUGCAUGAGGCAGGAGCUCCGGGGUCAAGGCUAGGCCAGGUAGCCUGGUCGUGGAGAAGCAGCAGGACAUACCAGACCCUGACUGUGUGGCAAGAACCAGCCACGUGAAACAAGAAUGGGUUUUAUAGUACUUACAGUGCCUGGACAGUCUUACAGAGCAUGCUCAAGUCAUAGCACUCCUGGACAGUCUGGGGGGAGCAUGCUGAAAUCAUACUUAGACAUCCUAAAAGGGCUGUUCAGUGGUUUGGUACUGUUUGGCCAGGAGCUCCUUGGUCCAGCCACCAUCCUGUCCUUUUUUGUUCUUAAUUCCAGUGGUCUUCCCCCUUUGUAGUUAUUCUCAGUGAUGGGUUCAGCCUCAAGGGUUGACACUGAUGACCCAUAACUAUUGACUGUUUUGGUUUAAGGGGAAUUGCAUUUUUUACAGAAGCUUUGUCUAUGAUCUAGGAUUCAGGGAUCUAGAUUUAUGCACCAUUUAUUCUGAAACGUUAAUGUAAAUGUGUAAUUUUGUGAUCC